GGGCAGGGUCGGCGGCGUCGGCAGCGGUGUCGGCGGCGGCGGCCGGUGGGAAAUGGCGGAGUACUUGGCCUCCAUCUUCGGUACCGAGAAAGACAAAGUCAACUGUUCCUUCUAUUUCAAAAUUGGAGCAUGUCGUCAUGGAGACAGAUGCUCUCGGUUGCACAAUAAACCGACCUUUAGCCAGACCAUCUUGAUUCAAAACAUCUAUCGUAAUCCCCAAAACAGUGCACAGACGGCUGACGGCUCACACUACCAUUGCCCUCUUGAACAUUUACCGUAACCCUCAAAACUCUUCCCAGUCUGCUGACGGUUUGCGCUGUGCUGUGAGCGACGUCGAGAUGCAGGAACACUAUGAUGAGUUUUUCGAGGAGGUUUUUACAGAAAUGGAGGAGAAGUACGGUGAAGUUGAGGAGAUGAACGUCUGUGAUAACCUUGGCGAUCACCUCGUUGGAAAUGUGUAUGUCAAGUUUCGCCGUGAAGAAGAUGCGGAAAAGGCUGUGAUUGACUUGAACAACCGCUGGUUUAACGGACAGCCGAUCCAUGCGGAGCUCUCUCCCGUGACCGACUUCAGAGAAGCCUGCUGCCGCCAGUAUGAGAUGGGAGAGUGCACACGAGGAGGCUUCUGCAACUUCAUGCACCUGAAGCCCAUCUCGAGGGAGCUGCGGCGGGAGCUGUACGGGCGCCGGCGCAAGAAGCAUAGAUCGAGGUCCCGGUCUCGGGAGCGUCGCUCGCGGUCUCGGGACCGUGGUCGCGGUGGUGGCGGCGGCGGCGGUGGAGGCGGUGGGGGACGGGAGCGUGACCGGAGGCGGUCGAGAGAUCGUGAAAGAUCUGGGCGAUUCUGAGCCAUGCCGUUUUUACCGUAUGUCUGCUAGAAAGUGUUGUAGUUGAUUGACCAAACCAGUUCAUAAUGGGAAUUUUUUUAAAAAACAACAAAAAAAAACAAAGAUGGGUUUCUGAAUAAAAUUUGUAGUGACAACAGUA